GUUUGUUCUUUACAACGGUCAGAUGUUGCUUUGAAACUGACUUUCCUUACUUUUGUUUAGGUAAUUACCUCCCAAGAUCGAUCACUGAUCCCCAUUAUUUAGAUCUUUCUUUGGUUCACCAAUCCUCUUUUCUAUAAUGGAAUACAGUCCUCAGUCCACAGCAUCGUCUAUUCCAUUUGACUCCACCACAACACUCACCAUGUCAAUGGCAGAUGAGCUUAAAUCUCAACACAGGCAACUAUUUAAUCCUGUCACACCUGACGUUUCACCACCCGCACAGAUUAGUAAUGGGGGAUUCCCUAUAAGGGGUAAAGAAACAGGGUCAGUGUUAGAGGUAAGCAAUAUGACAAAUGCAGAUAUUCAGGAAAUGGAGCAAGUGAGAGAACACCUGCAACUGAUGCUGCAGAACUGUAAAGGAUUCACAGAUCAAAGUGAUUAUGAACAAACUCCAAGAACAACUACAGACUGUGAAACACAAGAAAAUGAAGGGGACAAAGAGUCUACUAUAAGUGUGGAAACAACAUCCUUGUUGCAGAGACUUCUUCCAAAUUCUUCCCCUCUCUCUGAAAUUCAGGUUCAUUUUCAAACUCCUGAGCAAGGCGCAUUAUCUCAUGAUCAACAUACCAGGCAGAUGGUGUCAUUUGCCAGUGACAGAAGGUUAAAUGCAAUUCCUACCAGUAAAGUCACCAAUGAGAAAACACUUCUGUCUGAAAAUUCCCUGCUUAGAGAUCAGGUGGAGAAAGAGAGGUUUAGGAGAAAGCACUGUGAACAACAAAUACAGGAACUUCAUAGGAAGCUACUGGAAGCUCAGCAGCAGCUGGCUGUUGCAGUGUCUGCUGAGAGAAAAAAAGAUGCUAUGAUUGAACAACUUGACAAGACUUUAGCUAAAGUUGUGGAUGGCUGGAAAAAACAUGAAAGUGAGAAGGUAGCCAUUAUCAACCAACUGAAAAUAGAACAGGAAACUGCAGAGCAGUCUCAGCAAAGACAACAGGAGAUGUUGCUCCAGUUUGAGAAAGAGCUGGCACAAGCUGUGGAGGCUUUGACUAAAGAACAGGAAAAAGCAGCUCAGGCUGAAAGAGAAAAACAAUCACAGCUCAAGCAACAAAAGGAGGAAAGAAACAAGUUACUAGAAUGCCUGUCAAAUGAAAAAGAAGCUGUGUCACGAAUGGAACAGGAGAAAAUUCAACUCAGAAAAGAAAAAGAAGAAGCUGAAGAGAAAUAUGUUCAGACAGAUGAGGCUUUGAAGGAGCACAAAAGAAUCCUUGAAGAACUUCAAUCAAAAUUCAGCAGCCUGGAAGCAGAACAUAAUGAUUCAAUGGCCAUGGAGAAGGUUCUAGAGAGUUUGAAGAUGGAGUUACGUUUGAUGGAAGCCAAACAUGAAGCAAAUAGAACCAAAGAAGAGACUGAAAGGCAAGCUGAACUGGAAAGAGAGAUGACUCAGCGGCUGGAAGAGAUUCAUGAUCAAAUGUCAAAAACAGAAUCAGAAUUAAGGGAAUCACACAGAAAACAGCUUCUGGAGAUGAGCAAGAAACACAAAGAAGAACUUGAACAGCAGUUGGGAAAAUUUCAUGAGGAGUUGAAAAAAAAGGAAAUCAAGGUGAAGUCUACUACUGAUGAAUAUGAAGAAAGAAUCAGUACUUUCCAAGAAAAGAUGGCUUCUCUCUCAAACUCAAGGCUUUACUUGGAGAAAGAAAGACAGAUGCUGUCUGUGCGUCUACAGCAGAUGAUGCAGUCUCACUGUGAGGAAGCCAUCAAGCUGUUGAAUUCCAGUAGAACUUCAUUGUCCCCUCUGUCUGGAACACGACAGCUUGUACACAAUCAAAGCUCCUUUGCGAAGAAUGUCAAGGAGUCAAACUCUGACUGGGAAAAAGACACAGGCUACCAGCCUGGUAAAGGACCAAUCACAGCAGCUCUGUUUCAAUCUUCACAGGUACAUCAACACCAGCAGAAGAUACCUGAUGAAAUCUCAGCAAAUUAUGUAACACCUAAAUUAGCACAUAAUAUCAGCCAUGACAGUUCUCAGACUGAUAGUGGCAUGUACUCAAAGAGUUAUCUUAGCAACAAUGGAGACAUGGUUAGGCAUGGGAUGCUAUCACAUGACCAGUCUGCAAAUCCAGACUUUUUUCCUCUUCACACUGUCAAUGAUGACAGGACUGUUAUUGAGGGACAGUCUGUGAUCAAUGAAGAUGCUUAUGAAGACAGAGAAGAAACACUUCUCGAACAAGAACUAGAUACAGACAACAUAUUACUAUCAGUAUUUCAUCAAGACAACCAUCUUCCUAGGAAUGUCUCCCCUGCAGCUGUGACUGAGGAUACCAUAACAGAGAAACUUCAGCAGCAGGAAUCACGCCAGGCAGAAUUAAACCACUAUGUGAAAAUGCUUCUGCAAAGAUCACCUGCAGAUCAACCCUACAAGGAAAAAGAUCACCUCCCUAAUGGACUUAGGCUGAUCCCUUCAUCCAGUGAUGUGCAAGACAGAUACUCUAACUCUUCCUCAGAAGUAAUUUCUCCCAUUCAUUCAAAUGGUCAGUUUGAGCAAAGACAUCUGAUGUCCUCACACCACCAUUCAUUCAAAGACUCAAGUUCACAUUCCUAUCAGGAAGUUAAACAUAAAGCACACCCACCACAAGCUGCCUUCACAAAAACCACAGUCACACCAGGUACACUUAGCAUUCCAAGCCAAGCCAGAGAAGAUGUUGGUAUUACAAGUCAGGUACCAUUCCAUGCACCACACACUCGAAUAGGUCAAGUUGCACCUCACACACCACCCCGGAGAGAACGAGACAGUGAUGACCACCCUCCUCUUCCAGGAGCAUUAACUCCUCACCAAGUUGGUCAGCUGUCUAGAAUGCUUGGACUAUUUUCAGAACCUGGUCAGCCACAGAUUACAGCUGAACAACUCUUUGCUUACCUCAGAAGAGUGCAGAACAACAACCCACUGGGUAACAGCCUCACAACAUCAGCAGCAUCAAGCCCAGUCAGUACCAAGACCCACAGCACACAUGAGCACCAUGUUCCGGGACAUAGUGUAAGGAAUUCUCCUUCCCAGGCUCUGCCAAAACAACACAUGAUAGCCAACAAGGCUAGAAGAAGUCUGGACACUAACUCUCACAAGAGACAGGGUCCUUCUGUUAGUGGUCUCCCUAUUAAUCCACCUGGAAGCCAGGUUACAAAAUCUGCUGAGCAACCAGGCCUGACCAGAGCUCACAAACAGCCUGUCAGACAAGUAUCAAGUCUAGUGGGUCCUUCCCUUAGGAACCCAGCUGGGGUGCAAGAUGGAACCAAGUCAGCAGCAAAAGUAGGACUACAAAGCAGAGAACCUAAGGCCAAAUCUGCUGCUAUAAAACAGACUAAGAUCAGUGCUUGGAGAUAGGCUGAUAUUGAUUAUUUUAUUUAUUUUCUCACUUGUCAAUAUGGUUUAUGGAGCAAGGCAAAUAUAGCUUUUAUUUUAUAAUAAAUCAUCAUUUGAGAUAUCUUGUGAUUAAUACAGUUGUCUUUCAUUCCUUGUUUCAUACAUUCUUACUUACCAAUUUAAUGGCACUACUAAUAUAUAAUACUUGCCAAUGGCAAGAUUAAUAAAGUAAUAAUGAAUAGGAACUAAUGAAAAAAAUAAAUUGCUUAUUGCCUCUGCUAAAACUCAUAAAACUAUGAGCCCCAAAAAUAUUUUAGAGUAAUCUGUCAAAAGAGGG